ACAUUGCCGUGAGGUAUCCCGGUAUACGUAAAAGAGGCAAUACUAAGUACGACACAAUUUUUUAUGUAAGUUUUUGGUGGUCAUAAUGAAGCUGACACCAUCGGUGCCGUUCUUUCUCUUGUAUCCGUGGUUUGUCUUCACAUCCGCUUCAAUUGAGCUGGAUGCAGCUGACCAGUACAGAUGUACCUUUGACAGUAGCAUUUGCAGCUGGACAAUAGAGGGCCCGGUGUACCAUGGAGGAGCGGCUGGAUGUGAUUACGGCUGGCCAGAUGAAGCCCUUCAUGGCGUCACCGCUCCUGGCAUGUACAUUUGCUUCUUUCUGGACGACUUACACAUGAUGCCGACCAAUUUUCCAAAUAUAACCUGGGCCCGAUUUACCAGUCCAAACAUCAACACUACCCACCACGUGGUGUUAAGCUUCGCUAUCGGCACCGUGAGGCCUCCUACAUCGACGUACCUUAGCGUCAUCUUGGUGAACGAGACGGGUACGGAGACGCUGCUGUGUUCAACCUCUGACCUCCUUUUUCCAUGGCAACGCGUAUACGUUGGUAUUGUGCAGUCUGGGCCUUACAAAAUUGUGAUUGAAGGUAUUCCCGACCCUCCUUUCUACCCAAACUUCGGUAUCGACGACUUAACACUGACGGCUGUUCAAAAUGCUACUGCGAAUGUGGGGGUACAGACGACUAAUUGUUCCACAGAGAUGCUUACCACAGUCCCCAUGACAACUUGGCAAUACAACACCACACGUCCCAUGACCAGUGGUCAAGUCCAUACCACAACGCCUACUGCUGGUGGUCAGGAUGCGACAGCAUUUCCCCAGACUAGUGGUCAGCAAGUGACCACAUUGCCGAUGGCCACCAGUAACAAUACGCCCACAGUGCCUACAGCCAGUAUUCAAGGCACGUCUACCUUUCUUUCUACAGCGACAACAGAUGUGGCGACAGGAUGCACAUGCGCUAACACUUGCCCACCGGUAGGCUCGGAAUUUCCACACAUGGCCACGAAUUCUCCCCAUGGAGACCCUGUUGUCGCGUCCUCCAGGUCUUCAUCAGGCGUCGACCCCGCAGUCUGUGCAGGCAUCGCUAUCACCACCGCUGCUGUAGGUGUUGUGGUCGGAGUUCUGGCAACGCUUCUGGUGCAUCGUCUUCGGAAUGGAACAGAAGCUUCAGAAGUAAACGGUACAGCUGGUCAUCGACAGAAUCCCUCAAACCCCUUGUACGGCAUCCCUAUGGAAAGCCUUUCAGCACACCAAGAUUCAGCGAGUAUCAAGACUUAG